UGCACUAACCUCAAACUUUAGUGCUUCAUAUUCCACCAAUAUCUACACUUUUGUUUUUCUCUCAACAAUGACCAAAUCCGUUCUUGUUGUUUUUCUCUUGGCUCUCAUCUCCUUUGCCUUGUUGCAAAAUUGGGUCUUGGCUACUAGUACAACAAAUCAUGUUAACAAGGGUUCAUAUGGCCCAGGGAGUGUGAAAAGCACUCAAUGCCCUUCACAUUGCACAAGAAGGUGUAGCAAGACUCAGUAUCACAAGCCAUGCAUGUUCUUUUGUCAGAAGUGUUGUAGGAAAUGCUUGUGUGUGCCUCCGGGGUAUUAUGGGAAUAAAAGUGUAUGCCCUUGCUACAACAAUUGGAAGACCAAAAGAGGAGGUCCAAAAUGCCCAUAAUUUCAUGAUACAUCAUUAUUGUACUCAUCUUUAUUAUAAUUAUGCACCUUUUAUUCUCAUCUUUAUGAUGAUUUAUGUAUCGUAUUAAAGUGUUUAUGUAGUACGUACGGAGUAUUUCUUAACAAGUUUAUGUGUAUAAUCGUUUAACCUUGAGGUAGAGACUAGAGAGGCCUGCUGCGACGUAUUGAUUGCUAUGAUACAUGUAGCAUGGACGCAUGCAUGGUCCUAGUUGCUAAGAUUCCUUGUAGUGGCGUACCCUAAAUUAUGGCUAAUGUGUGUUAUAUAUAAUUAAUAGAACUUUUUGAAGGUAAUAGUUAUCUUUAAAAUAAUAAUAAAAUUAAUAAAAAAAAUAAUAAAAAAUCUUACAUCUUAUUGGCGUUUAUAAAGUAGGUAAUUUGUAUGCUCUUGUUUGGAGGUCCAUGGUUAAACAAAUCGCCUACUCUUUUAUUUAUUUAUUUAUUUAUUUAUUUAUUUAUUUUGACAGGCACAAUUGCCUACUUCAUGAUCAGAUUAUUAAUAAUCAUUUGGUUUGUAGGCAAGAAGGAAAGGAUAACAUAGCAGCAUGUUUUGUGUAUGGCUGGUCAAGGGCGGAGCUAAGGGGGGCUAGGGUGGGCCAUGGCCUUUCCCUUGCCUCAAAAUAAAUACUAGUGUUAAAUUUUGCAUAAAAUUAACAUAAGCUUUAGGGUAGAGGAGUUGGUUUUUGCCAUGUGAUAGUGAACAAGAGAUAAAGAGUUCAAAUCUUGCAACUUGUUCCGCCACUGUGGCUGGCCACACAGUGUGUCCAACUAACCAACAACUUACACACAAUUAACCCCUUCGACCUAGUAACCCCUAACCAAUCUAGUAACCCCAGACCAACCUAGUAACCCCUCCGACCUAGUAACUCCUAACCGAUCAGGUAACUCCUGACCAAGUAACCCCUAUCUGACCUAGUAACUCCUAACCGAGUAAUCCCUACCCCUGACCGAGUAACCCCUACUCGGCUGAGUAACCCCUGGCCGAGUAACCCCUACCCAAACUAGUAACCUUUGACCAAGUAACCCCUACCCGACCUAGUAACCCCUAACUAAUUAACCCCAAAACAAAAUUAGUUGUAGCAGCCACCACCUUUGCACCUGACCACAGUACCUGACCACCGCUCCUCUGCCACUGCACUUAACCACCUCACCUUCCUCACAGCUCACAUCAAUCUAAGGCCACCUAAUUUAACCACAACUCCUCCACCGCACCUGACCACCUCACCUCCCUCAGAACCCGCAUCAAGGCCACCUAACCACCGCAACACCUCCUAUCUCACACAUCUCACCUACAUCGAAAUUCACCACAAAGAAGAUGAGGAAUACGACGACAGAGGUCACCUGUUCAGUUUCAAAAACUUAUUCAAUUGAUGAACUUGUACCCGAAUCUCUUGAAAUUUAAGGGAUAUGUUAGGGUUUGGAGCUUCGAAACUUGGUUACAAUUCCUCGCAAUUUCUCCUUCAAAUAUGCAAUUCACCACAAAGAAGAUGAAGACGAUGGUAGAGGUGGAGGUCGAUUUGGCUGAUUUUAGUGACGAAGAUGAUGACGACGACGGUGGUCUGGGUUGAUUUUGUCGACAAAGACAAAUUGAAAGACGACAGCGGAGGUGAUGGUUAGAUUUCUUGGAUUUUGCUGGUCGAAGUUUUGGGUAUUGCGGUUGAAAAUCUGGGAAUUUUGGGGUUGAAUUUGCUAUUCCUCCAUUAGACGGGUUAUUCACUAUUUUUUCAAAAAAAAAAAAAA